CGGAGGCGAAGUCCGGCUCGGCCCGACCUUCCCUUUAAGGGCUGACGCCGUUACUAGGGCGGCCGGGGAGGCGCGGAAACUGAACCGGCGCUGCGGCCAGAGCGACAGGCCCGGCAGCUCCCGCCGCACGCUAUGGCCGCCGCCGCCGGCCUGGAGGAUCCGUCUCUGGAGAAACACUUUAAAGGCCAUCGAGAUGCCAUCACUAGUGUGGAUUUCAGUCUCAAUAAGAAACAAUUGGCAAGUGGCUCUAUGGAUUCGUGCUUGAUGAUCUGGAGUAUGAGACCCCAAAUGAGAGCCUAUCGCUUUGUGGGUCACAAAGAUGCAGUGAUGUGUGUUCAGUUUUCACCUUCUGGCCAUCUGGUGGCCUCAGGCUCCAGAGACAAAACUGUCCGUUUAUGGGUUCCAAAUGUCAAAGGAGAAUCUACUGUGUUCAAGGCUCAUACGGCAACUGUAAGAAGCGUUCAGUUCUCCAGUGAUGGACAGUCCUUGGUUACAGCUUCUGAUGACAAAACAGUCAAAGUAUGGACAGUUCACAGACAGAAAUUUCUCUUUUCCUUGAGCCAGCACAUAAACUGGGUUCGCUGUGCCAAAUUUUCUCCAGAUGGAAGACUAAUAGCUUCUGCCAGUGAUGAUAAAACUAUCAAACUAUGGGAUAAAACCAGCAGAGAAUGUAUACAUUCUUUUUGUGAGCACGGUGGGUUUGUGAAUCAUGUGGAUUUUCAUCCCAGUGGUACGUGCAUUGCUGCAGCUGGUACAGAUAACACAGUGAAGGUGUGGGAUGUGAGGAUGAACAGACUCCUUCAGCAUUAUCAAGUGCAUAGUGCUGUGGUAAACUGUCUUUCCUUUCACCCCUCUGGAAACUACCUCAUUACUGCCUCCAAUGAUUCAACCCUUAAAAUUCUGGAUUUACUAGAAGGAAGGCUGCUGUAUACUCUUCAUGGUCAUCAGGGGCCAGCUACCUGUGUUGCCUUCUCAAGAAUUGGGGACUUUUUUGCUUCUGGAGGGUCAGAUGAACAGGUGAUGGUAUGGAAAACUAACUUUGAUGCUGCUGAUUAUGGAGAUGUAUUGAAAACUCAGAAGUAUGCCACUAAUGUAACAGGAACUCUUCACAAUCUGCAAUCAGAAAUGGAUUGCGGUGAUCCUCCUAAGAAAAACAAAAUACAAGAAUCUGCCAGGAACCAGCACCAGCAAGAGGAGGAGACAAGUCUUACAGAUACCCUAGAACAUAUUGUGGGACAGUUAGAUGUUCUUACUCAGAUGCCAGCUGGAAGUAGAAGUGAUGAAGCUGUAGAGAUGCUAUGGCCUGCCCAACUGGACGUACUGAAGCGGGGUUGAUUCUUCAGUGAAACUGUUUCCAUUCUAGAGCAGAGACUGACACUGACUGAAGACAAGCUGAAGGAGUGUCUUGAGAAUCAGCAGAAGCUCAUGCACAGUAAAGGGAAUUGAUUCCAUGACGGGCUGACCAAGCUGGAGUUGUCUGGAGGCUUGGGGGGUUGUUUGUGUGUUUCUAAUACUUUGGGUGAAUCAUUUUUAACAGAUGGAAUCACUUAUUUUAUUAAAAUAAAAUGUACAGCCAAUGGCAUCUGUAAAUACACUUUUUUGUUACUGUAAGAAUAAAAUUCUCUUAUUUCACUAAACACA